AUUCUCUUCAUUUUCUCUGAACGAGAAAGACGUGUGAACGGUUAAAUUUUAUUUUUUCGUUUUCUUUAAUGCCAAUUUAAAUCAUAUAAUUAUAAAAAGUGCAUUAUAUUAAUAAAUAAACAAAUUCAUUGAAAAGUUUGUCAAAUUGUUGUGGUAUUUCUACGAAUAAAUUGCUUUUAAUAUAUUUGGAUAAUUGCUAAUUACAAGAAUUAAAUUUAGAGAAAAAAUCUAGCUAGAAGAAAGAUAAAAAUUCAAGGAAAAAUCGAUUUAGAAUAACGACGUAAAAAAGACAGCGUAAAAGUAACAAGACAAAAAGGAAUAAAACAAAAACAAUCGAAACAAAAAAAAACAAAUUACGUUACGAAGAUACUGGUACUUGGGGAAAGAAAAAUUGGGUGGAGAUUCAUUCAUUUUGUUUUUUGUGGUGUCAAGAUUUCUAAUACUGAUUAAAGAGUUAAGAGAUUAAAUAUAUUUAGAAUAACAUGGCUGAUGUAGAAUCUUCAAGUGCUGUCCAACAGCCACCUUCAUCCACUACCAGUGGCCAUAUUAUACCCUUAUUGGCAGCAGCCGAAAUCUUAAAUGAUAAUAAUGCUGUUUUACAGCAACAACAGGCUGUAGCUCAAUCGGCUACCAUAUCCUUGGCCACUGGUACAGCCUCUGGUAUGGCCUCCGCUUUAAUAAGGGCUUCUUCAGCCUCCACUUCGGCUAGUUUGACACAACAACAGAGCCAACAGACAUCGAAUGACAAUAAUGGUUCUGGUAUAUUAAUACAACAACCACAACUACCACCACCAACACGCCAACAACAACGGCUGAAUGCUAACGAACCACUAGCAAAAAAACAAAAACUCGAUCAUCCGUCAACAUCGUCAUCAUUGACGGUGCAAUCAGCUGCUUAUGAGAAACUUGAAACUUUGGGUGGUAGAUUGUGUUGUGCGGUGUGUUUGGAUUUACCCAAGACCGCUAUGUAUCAGUGUCAAAUGGGUCAUUUAAUGUGUGCUGCCUGUUUUACACAUUUAUUAGCUGAUGGACGCUUACGUGAUCAAAUUGCCACUUGUCCCAAUUGUCGUGUGGAAAUUUCUAAAAGUACUGCUUCUCGCAAUUUGGCCGUUGAAAAAGCGGCUUCCGAACUGCCUAGUGAAUGUCAGUUUUGCAACAAAGAAUUUCCUUAUAAAUCUUUAGAUCGUCAUGAACAACACGAGUGUCAAGAUCGACCCACUAAAUGUAAAUAUUCCAGAAUUGGUUGUCAAUGGCGUGGACCAAAUCAUGAAACUACUGAACAUGAACGCAGCUGUUUGCAUCCCACCAAAUCGGGCUAUGAAGUAAUGGCCGCUUUAGAGGCUCACGAUGCUAAAAUCAAAGAAGAAAAGAAAAUGUUCAAUACCCUUAUUGAUCUCUUGAGCUAUGAAAAAAUUAUCUUUAAUGAUUUACAAAUGAAACCCUAUCGUACCGAUGAAUAUGUUCAUAAAUUAUUCUAUGAAACUGCUAGAUUUUCAGCAUUUAAUCAUCAAUGGGUAGUUAAGGCUAGAAUAAAUAAUAGUCAACGUGAUCCACAUCAAUCGAAUGAUAGAACUAUUACCUAUCAGCUUAUCUUAAAAACUAAAACUAGUACUCCCAUGAGUAUACAUUUCUUUGCUUUGAAAGGACCUUUCUCUGAUAUGAAAGUUGGUACACAAAUUUAUAAACAUGAUUUUACAGAACAAAGUACCGAAAGUGAUUAUUAUACUUUACCCUUACCGGAUAGCAAUGAAUGCAAUCGUUUAUUGUCUAAUAAAGGCAUUAAUUUCCGUCUCUUGAUGUUUUUGCUUAAUAAAUAAAUAAAUCUUUAAUAUAAUUCUUAGAUUAGUUUAAUUUUAUUAACUUUAAGCAUUCUUCGUUUUCUUUUAUUUUAUAAUACAAAAAAAAUAUUUUGUUGUCUU